AUGAUCGAAGGUUUAUUUUUAACAUCUGGACAAAAAAUAGGUGCUAAAAAUGAAAUCCUAACAACAACAACAACAACAACAACAACAACAACAACCACUACCACUGCAGCAGCGUUUGCUGUCCAGGAGGAGGCAGUAAAGACUGAGGAAGACAUCAAUGAGGACGAGGAUGAGGGCGACAUCAAACAGGCUGCUGAUGAAGACGAAUCUGAGGAGGCUGAAGCUGUUAUGAGUCAGCCUGCUCCCCUCGAAGAGGAGGAUGAUGAGGGAGAAGACGAAGAGCCAGCAGCUGAACUGAAGAAAACUGUAGACGAACCUGAAGACAAAAAAGAGGAGGAGUACGACGAAGACGACGAUGAGGAGAAGGCGACGGUGGAUGUGAUCAAACCUGUGCCUGAACCAGAGGAAGAAGCACCACCGACUGAACCCGCAGCAUGUCCCUGCAUGCACUCCGCAAAGGCCAAAGAGACUGCAGCAAAGACUGUAGACAAAAAAGAUGCUCCGAGGAAGGUUUCAGCUGUGAGAAGGAAAAAAGACCAUGAAGCUGUGAAAACAGAUGAAAAGCCGAAAAAGACAGCUUUACCCAGAAUUGCAGGUCUGCCACCAACACUCAGGAGGAUCAGGAAAACUCCUACUAUUCUCAGAGCCAAGAAAGUGGAAAAGACCAAGACUCCCAAAGCAAAGACAGAGACCAAAAAAAAAGAAGAGGUCACAGAAUCUGCACAAGACGUUGGCCCUUGCAGACCUGCACCCGUCUACUGCCCGUCUCCACCUGGCUGGUACGUUCAUCACGUUGUCACAGACAACCCGUAUCCUCCACCAACCAUGUCAGCUCCCUCUGCUCCUGUUCUGACCGCCCACCCCGUCCAUCCCGGAGCUCCGCCGCUGUAUCAGCAGCAACCACCUCCCUUGAUGCAGCCGCUCUAUGCACAAUAUCAACCAUACCCACCGCCAAUGCAGCCAGUGAUGCAGCCUCAACCAGAACCAGUGCAGCCAGUCCCACCAGUUGAACCAGUCCAGCCAGAAGCCACAGAACAAGAGGCUCCUGUUCAGCCUGAGAUCCAGACUCCAGUUGAUGAAGCUCAGCCCGCUGUGGCUCCAGUCCAGGAACCAGAAACUGUUGAGGAAGAAGUAAAGGCUGCACCCACCAAGAAAGCUUCAAAGAAGAAAACUGAUGCUGCUGAUUUAGAAAAAGAGCCAGCAGCGGGCAAAGAGAAAACAAAGAAAGAUGCUGCUGUUUCCAAAGACACCAAAGCAAAGAAAGAACCAACUGCAAAAAAAGAGAAAACCAAAAGUCCAGCAAUGGCUAAGAAAGAGCCAGCUGUAAAAGAGAAAACCAAAACUGCUGCAGCUGCUAAGAAAGAGCCUGCAGCUGCCCGACAGAAGAGGAAAUCAGGCUCUGAAAAGACAGAAGCGUCACCUGUCAAGAGCAAAGAGAAAGCAACUGCAGCCAAGAAAGAUGCAGAUCCAGAACCACGUCCACAGCCGAUCAGACUGAGAACGAGACUAGAUGCUGCUAGGAGGGCAAAUGUAACCUCUCAGGCAAAGGAGGAGAAAGAACCAGCCAAGACAAGAACGAAAUUAUUGGCGGACAAGAAAAGCAAAGCUGAGAAGGCUGAAAAGAAAUCCGUCAAAGUGGCUCAAGAUAAAGAGAAACAACCAACACAAACUAAAGAGCCCCAGACCGAAGACAAUACUACAGAAAAGAAGAAACCAGGCCAGAGAUACUUCCAGUGCAUUUACGUACCUGGUAAAAAUGCACAGUACCCUUUGCGACCUUUCACCCCAGCCAUGUCCCCCACCAUGAUGUCCCCUGCACUCAGGUCCAUGCUGGAGCAGCAGAGAGCAGUGAGGGCGUCGGGGCAAUAGGUCAACCUGAACUCUCACCUCAUUUCUGAUAGCACUGCAUCUCCCAGUCCAGCAGGGGGAGAUGUUUUAAAUCUGUGAAAUCCUUACAUUUUGAGGAAAAUCACAGACACAGAUAAAAGUGGACAGAACUAUUUUGUUUUUAAUUUAUUUAUGUUUUUUUUUUUCCUUUCUAUGUGGUUGAGCUCCUGGGGUUUCUGUUGAUAUUUCCCAUUUUCCUCUCAGCUGAUGCUUUGCUGCUUCAUUAGUCAUCACUGCUAUGCCCUGCUUGUGUCUGAGAUGUAAUAUAAAAUCACCAACAUCCAAACAAAGAAGCAUUUAUGUGAAUAUUCUUAACUCAGUAUAGUGUACAUAAUGCUUGUAUUUGUAAUUUAGGGUGAAAUAAAUGUACACACCUUUGGCAUGUUGUUUUUCAGUUGCAGCCCAGUUUAAUAUGAGCUUUUUAUGAAAUCCUAUUUUGUUUAAAAUGUAUACUUUAAGGCACUUGCACUGACACCAAACAGUUAACAAAACAGUUAUGCACCAUGAGAAACAUUUGUUUUUUAGUUUUAAUGGAUACUUUUUUAAAGCUGCACAUUAUAUAUUUUGAAGGGAUAAUAGUGUAACAAAUGCAAAACUCAUGAACUCAUUAGGGACAGCAUUUUGCAUCAAAUGUUAAUGGGAAAGAAAUUAGGAAAUAAAGAACUUGUAUUGGAUUUGAAUGUGAUUAUACUUGCAUAGUUCAGCUUUUGUUUUUUAAUAUAACAGCUAACAUAGCAAUGCAUGCAUUCACACUCUGAACUGUGACUUGAGAAUGUAAAAGAUGAAUAAGUUGACAACUUGGAUCCUCUUUCAUUUUUAAUCAUUGAUGUAAAUCACCCUUAUCCGUUGUCCCAUAACAAGACUGGUUUUUGUUUUGCUGCUUUGCUGCAUCCGCCACAGAUUAUCAUGCAAAUGUUGGGGUUUCAAAUCCCAGGAGCUCCCACAGUUGAUCCAAGCAGCCUCCCUGUCUCUGAUCAUGAGUGUGUGAACAUCCAUCAGUCUCAUAAAAAUGUUGCUGAGUGAUGAAUAAUGAGGCAUUUUCUGUUUAGAUGACCUAAUAUCAGGCAGGAGUAAAGAGGCGAGCUCAUAUCAGCUGUGUCAGCAUGAAACUGCAGCACAUGGAACAGUAUGAGUCUCACCUUAACAUGCUUCAUUUAAAUUAAAGGCACUGCUGCUUUUCUUAGUUUAAAGACAUACUUUGACAUGUUAAAUGUAAUGGUUGGAUGUUUUUUCAUUCCCAGACACUGACACAUUUUGUUUGAUUGUCUGUCUUUAGAAGAAGUUGCUUUUUAAAAGUGUCCUCAGCUUCAAAUAGGAACAUAAGGGCUUGAAGUUUACAGUAUAUAGUCCCUCAUUUAAUAAUUUAAUACUUGAACGCUGUAAUUUUUUAAAUAAUUGGCCCUUUGCUUCUUUGUCCCAUAAUCUUUACACCUUGAAAGUCCUUGAAAAAGUCAAAGUCAGCUUUGUUCUUAAGAAUUAAGUCCACUUUAUAGGAUCAGUGGAUUAAAUGUUGUAGUGUAUCAAGUAGAAUCUCAAACUGUUGAGCUAUCUUAGUUAACUUAUUUUAACUUGCAUAUUCAGAGACAGGGAGUCUGUGCACGGACAACUUUGACGUGACCAACUAAUGAGACGCUGUGAUGUCUGCUACAGUGGUUAAAUGUCAUUUUUACCAUGUUGAUCAUCAGCCUAUUUCUUAAGGCUGAUACAUUGUCAUAUUUUCAGUUACCUCACUCGCUCUGGUUUUGUAUCUGACCAACAAGGCCUGAUGCCUUGUUGUUGCUGCAAAACUGUUGCUGAGCAUUAUCGGCGAUUUGCUGUUGUCUUACAGAAUGAAAACCUUAACUGAAAAGAACCAAAAGGGGUUUUCACACUAGGAUUAAAGCAGGGAUAACACCCACAUUAGUCCAAGGCCUGCUGUAGUGUUCGCCCAAGGCAUAUACACACUUACAGUUCCUAUAAUCCACAAGGCGUUCUAAUGUUAAUUCCUCCAUGUUUUUAAAGUUCAGUUUCACUUGUGAGUUACAUGGUAACGCAGCGUAAGGCACUUCUACUGUUGCAAUGGUUACCUACGGUUUAAUACCUUGUGGACUGACUUUGAGCAGUUAUUUAACUGUAGACUGAUGUUCGAGGUGUGGCAAUUUACUAAUCCUCAUUGUAUUGCAGGUCUAUUGACAUCUGUUCAGGAUUAUCCCCAAAAAGUCUUAAGGUGUGUUCAGACUGAACCCAAAGCUAUAAGUACAGAGGCGAUGCAAAUGCAUACAAAUCAAUGGAAAGCUGUGAGUGGAAGCGAACAGCUGCAGGUUCAGUCGAGGUAGUGCAAACUAAGGUGAAGACGCAUCUUAAAAUGCUUCCACAAAACACCAGAAAUGUGCACAUAUCCUGCAGCUGUAUGACUCUGCUGCAGAAACAAGAGGAACAUAGGACAAACUGGGGACAAAAUAACAGAGAACUGGAGUUCUUGUUGAGUUUUGUAAUGAGUCCGACCUACCAAGCUAACAGCAACAGCUAGCCCCUGUAGAGUUUAUCAUGAGCUGUUUGUGGCCACUAAUGGCACAAUAAAGCGAGGGAAAAUUGCUUCAUGUUCACUCUGAAUGCACCUUUAAAAUCACUGGUGUUAAUCUGGGUUAGAACCAAAGCAACGGGAUGUCCAAUCAAAUCUCCGCUUAUUGUUUGCUGUUAGCAUACUGAGCACAUUAACUCUGAUUUUUGAGUGUAAAUAUUUAACCUGAGGCUUGACGCAAACUCCAGGUUAACAAGUCCAAGUGUGCCUGCAGGGUUUAGGUCAACUGGUCAGAGAAAUGUAAGUGUGAAGAGCCCUUAUGUUUCAUGAGAUAAAAUUAGAUCUGACAAGCAUUUACAGUAGCAAUCUACUGAGUGUUGUUAGAGUGGCAUUUAAAAGACACCUGGCGUUGGUGUUUACUUCAGGUGUUUUGCUCAUAGAUGAAUCAUUUUUAAAAUGAAUCUUAUUCCAGUGGGGAGAUGCAGUAGUAGGUUGCUGCUCUGUGCUGUCUGGAGGCCCUGAAUGAAUGAUAUUAACAGACAGUAAUUACACCAUACAGCUGGAGCUGUGUGCUCUAAUUAUGCUUUCAAAUCUUACCUAAUCCAAUCUCACUUGACUAUAUACAAGACUUUUUAUAACCUGCAAAAAUGUUCAUGUGAUCCUAAAAAGUGGAAUGGGUCUCGGCUACAUCCCUGAUUACAUGUUCUAAAUAUUGUUGUGUAAGAUCAUAAGUACAUAAGUGUAAUGCUGUUUUUUUCCCCUGCAUGUUGUCACCAUAGUGCAGCAGUAUUGAAAGGGUACCGUGUGUACACUUGAAGCAAAAAAAAUGUACUCAUCAGUAUGUUUCACUUCAGUUUUUCAGUAGUUUAUAUAGUUUAUAUAUUUGAUGAUCUGUACCUUCUACAUUUUGGACUGGGUUUCCCACAUUUGUUGGUCAGUAGUAUAUUUUUGAUAAUUUGAUGUAGUUUUUGCUCCAAAAGUCAAUACUUUUGACAACUCUCCACUAAACCAACCUGACCACUUGCCAUUUGAAGUUACCUUUGGAGUUUUUGUCCACUAGUGGGCCUGUAAACCACUGUUUUGAGGAGAAGGUCCCUGAGGAGGAAAUACAACACAAAUAAACGUUAGCUUCUAGCUAUUAGGUUGAUGUAUCAAAGCAAACAUCUUUGGACAAGCUUACCUCGGAAACUUUGGUUACUAGGGUAACUCUAGUUCUCUGUGAACAGCUUGCCUGUCACAUCACCUGAUGUUUUGGUUAAAAAUAAAGGUAUUUAUUUCAAAGACAGGCAAUGCGUUCAAAUGGCAGGGAGGAGAAAUGUUCUUUACUAUCCCUUAAUUUUACAUAAUUCACAUUAUCAAUGGUGCGUCAAAAUGUAGAAAUGAGUACAGCAAGCUGAUGUAAACAAUGCAGUUUUUAAAACAUUCAAACAUUCAUAUUAUGGGCCUACAUUAAAAAAUGUACAAAGUGCCAUAAACUCUAUGUUUGUUUUACUUGAACAUUAGCAUACACAGUAUCAGAUGUGCUAAUUUUGUUACCGUUCUUUUGACCAUGAGGUCUAGAAACAUGUAACAAUUGAAUAUGAUCCAAUAAAUGAAUUGGAUUUGAGCAUUUAGGUCCGGUUAAGUUCAUUUGAGACCAACGGGCUUAUUGCUUUAUAGAAAGCAGUGAAAAAAGAGGGAAACCAGCAGAAAAUACUGGUUGGUAUUACACCUAUGGCUCUUGUUUAUACCAUAGUAUGACAAUGAUUUGCUAGUUGUGUACCUUCCUCUAAGGGGAAUUCAGGAGUUUUAAAACCAGGUUUAUGCCAUGUGCAAACCCUGGAGGAAACAGUAUUUAAGUUUCUCACCUGCUGCAGUAGCUGGAGAGAGAGAGAGCGAGAGAGAGAGAGAGAGAGAGAGAGAGAGAGAGAGAGAGAGAGAGAUAUGUUAUAAAAAAUACCUUUGACAGGACGUUGUAAAAGGUUCAAAAGACUUUCAGAAAGAUGUUACUUCAUAUUUGUUGAUGUUUACUUACCAAAGAGUGUUAUAGUCAUCCUGGGCUUGUUUUUAUGAAUCUACAGAAUUAAUCUGGAAAUGUUUCAAAAUUGGGAAAAUAUGAUGACUGUUGUGAUUUCAGCAAUACAAGCAUAUUAUUUGCUGUACUAAUGUUGUUUUGAAGCAAUUUUAUCCACUGAACAAAUUAGGUUUGAGGUUGUUUGGUUCAUUUGGAAGAAACACUUAUUUUGUUAAUGCUUUCUUAUGUAAUUUGCAUGAUGGUGUCAUUUAAAGAAGACAGCAGCAGAUGUUUGAGUUGCAAUUCAGUUCCACACAAGCAUCACUCUCAGAUGCUGUAUAACGACUGUAGAUAAUAGUUUUUUGUGUUGCACUCUGGAGACUGAUCAUUAAGUCUCACAGUAAAAUAGAUAAAAAAUAAAUGAAAAUAAAUAAAUACACUGGUUUGCUCGGAAAAAUGUAAUUUUUUUCAAUUAGAGAGAUUUUUUUAUGUUGUCCAAUAUCAUCAGACUGUAAUGUGGGCAACAAUUUUAACUAUGUUUCAUAAAGAGAGAGUAUAAACUACCUGUUGCAUGUAUUAUAAAGCCAAGGAGUAUGAUGUAAGCACAUGAUAAGGCUAGCAGCCUGACUCAAUAACCAUUUUAAACAUUUUAGGAGCCAAUUAAAUGUCACAAGUGACAUUUCAGGCUGCUGAAAUGGCACUCUAGAGGUAAUGUCUGCCGUGGUAAAAUGUAGAAUACAAUCACCAAAAUGCAUUUUGUGAGUCAUAAUGUCAAUAAAUAUUUGAAGAAA